GGCGCUAUGAACAGGCAUUGGAAAUCGUGACAAAGCAAAGAAUAAGCGUGAUCGAAUUCGUCUCGGGCGCGGACCUUUCCGUUCUCUACGUCUUGUCGCCUAAGGCUCGAGCGAUCACGGAGAGACUUCGUCCACUGCUUGCCGAUCAGGAUCCCGAAAUCACAGGCAUUGGUUAUGACCCUCGUAAUCCGAACCAUGCAUCCUCACUACUCGGUUGACGUUCGCUGGUCAUUGCAAAAUUACAUCUACUCUGCAGGAUGAAAGGUCCCGGAUAUCUUGCUGUAGCUAUCCAGCCAUCGAAGGAUACGGACAGUGAUGCCUUCCAUGAGUGGUAUAAUACCGAGCAUGGACCGCUUCGUCUUCGCCUUCCAUUCAUCUUAACCGGAGACAGAUACAAAGCGGCCGAUGGUCUCCGUCCCGAAUGGAGUGCUGUCUAUGAUGUCUCGGACCUUUCUUGGCUGGAGAAGCGCAUCUAUACCCGUCUUCGUGAAGAGAGAUCCAAGCGCGAGCAGAAGGUGAUGGGUACGUUUGAAUCUCUCGACCGAAAGAUUUACAGUACCAUCGGUUCUCGUGGUGACUCCAAAGGACCCGCUCCGGUGCAAGUUGCCGUUUCCGUAAGGCUACCUGAAGCGGACGCAGAUGAGUUCAACAAGUGGUACGAAGAAGAGCAUAUUGAAAUGCUCUCGAAGGUUCCUGGCUGGCUCCGCACGCGGCGCUUUAAGCUCGAGGUUGGUGGCCUGAUGGGUAUGCCGCCCGCGGGUCAGGUGGAGCUUCUCGCUGUUCAUGACUAUGAAGCCAAGAACGGCCUUAAUGGGCCAGAGCACAAAGCUGCCGCAGCGACACCGUGGCGGGCGAAGGUCAUUGGAAAGGUGACAUGGUCCGACCGAAGGACCUGGUCCCACCACUUGCAGUUCGACGCUCUGGAAGAGGCUCCAUCCUCUGUCACCACCACAGAUGGCGCAGAGCUGAAAUUUCAAAUGGAGGGCAACCCUAACGACCCAGUAAUCGUUUGCGUGAACUCUAUACUUACGAGCUUGCACAUCUGGGACGACGUCACGCGAGCACUGCUCAAUGGUGUCAAUGGCAAGACCUAUCGUGUGCUCCGUUACAAUUCUCGGGGCUACUCGCAACAAGCUGAGCGCAGUAACCCCACUCGAUUUGACCUUCUUGCGGACGAUCUGGAGUACCUCCUGGAGCGUACCGGGGUCGACAAAGUGCAUGCUGUGCUUGGUAUAAGUAUGGGCGGUGUCACAGCAAUCAACUUCGCUAUCCGCCACCCAGAUAUGCUUGAGAAGUUUGUGGCGUGCGAUUGCAACGUCGCGGACAGUCCUGCCAACAAUAAGGCAUGGGGUGAGCGUGUCGAACUGGCGAAGGAGAAAGGCAUGGGUGCCCUUGCAGAGGUGACAGUCAAGCGUUGGUUCACCGAACCGAAUCACGAGUCGUCCAACGCGAAGAAGGUCCGGCAGAUGAUUGAGCAGGCAAGCGUACAGGGGUUCGAGCAGAGUACUGGAGCGCUGUGCAACUACAACAUCAGAGAACACCUGCCGAAGAUCAAGACGCCUGGCUUGUUGAUUGCCGGAGAGGGCGACGGCAAGCUUCCAGAAGCGAUGCAGAACUUUGGCAUUCCGACGGCGACCUUCACAUCGAUACCGCAAGCAGGCCAUUUGCCAAUGCUAGAAAACCACGACGCCUUCAUGGAGGCCUUGGCAGGGUUUCUGUAA